CUCCAACAACUACUAAUCUAGACCUGUUUUGAUAUUGAUAAAACUUAAGUGUUUCUAACAGACUAAAAUAAGGAUAAGCGGACAAUCAGACAGGACAAAAAACCAAAAUUUAGAUCUUAUGCAUACAAGAAAGGUAGUUCUACUGAGCAAAGAUAGAAUGUAAAGUUUAAAAGUAUGGCAUCCAAAGCACGUAUUUACGAGUGCAAAGGAAAAAUCCAUCAAGACAAAAGGCCAGCCGUGUUGCUUUGUGGAACCUGUAAAAUCCACAUUUGUGGAGAAUGUGCUGUAUCUGAUGAUCACAAAAAUCAUUCUGAAUCUUUCCGGUGUCUUGGAGAUGUUGAUGAAAACCAUGUUAAAAACACGGAUAAGAGCAAAGAGCUCGCCGAAAAAGCUCAUAAACGCCUUGAAAGAAAGAUUGCCGAACUCAAUGAGGCUAAAUCGUCGAGGAAAAUGGAGUUUUCAAACUUACGUAAAAACGUCACCGAUCAGUUUAAAGAUGCCAAAAAACGACUGGCGGACGAAAAGAGGAUAUUAGAAGAAGGGAUAAAUACAGAGGAAAACAUUGACAUGUCUAACGUAGAUGAUCUGAUCACAAGAUGUAUAAAAAGAAAGGAAACUAUUCGGUCGUUGCUUACAGAACUUGAAGAAAAAACCAGUAAGGAAACAAAAGAUAAAAUGGAGUCGAGCCUUCAAAAGGAAGUCGACGCAGCAUCAAAUGAAGAAAAACGCUCUGUUAAAUUUCGUCAUCUUGUAUUAUCUGAGGAAACAAAGGGAACUCUUCUAGGGUGUUUAGAAUUUGAUGAAAAUACAAGUUUGUCCUCCGAUUUUGAGGGAUUCUUACUUCCUGAACCCACCAUACUGUCAAAAUUCCAAAUCCGUUUAAGCAAGAUUGAAGCCAUAUGCAAAGUGAGUGAUUCGGAGGUUUGGAUAGGUUAUUCAAAGACCGAUAGAAUUUAUAAACUAGAGGAAAUUGAUGGGUAUCUACGCAAAACAGAACGACAUAGGUUGAUAGAAUUUCAACCCAUAAACAUAUCAGCAUUGUCAUCUGGGAAUCUCAUAAUUUCCUGCGCAGGUCAACCUAUGAUUACAACAAUUAAUACAAUGAACAGUAUGUAUGAACCGUCACUGUACAUUGACACUUAUCACCUUCUACCUCUAGGCUUAUACGUGAACGAAAAGGAUGAAAUUUUCGUGUGUUUAGUGGAUCAGUAUGGGUUUUCAGUAGGCAAAUCGAGUUUUCGUCAAGUCACAAAGUAUGCAGCAGAUCGAGAAAGAGCGCUGGUUAUUGAAAGAGAUACCGACGGAAAAAGAUAUUUCACAAUGCCUCAAAGCGUCAUUGAAAAUAUAAACGGAGAUUUAUGCGUUGUAGACGUCGUCGAUCACCACGAAAGCAGGCUAAUGGUUUUUGACAAAAAUGGAGGGAAAAAAUUCGAGUACAAUGGACAGAAAACAACGAAUUCACCCAAAUGUGAUCUCAGUUCCGUCACACACGACAGUAAAGGCAACAUUAUAAUAUCAGACGAAUUUUUUAACAGGAUUCAUCUUUUGACAAAGAACGGUGGUUUCGUGGGUUUGCUUGAAAUUGGGAAAACAAACGACAUCUUUCGCCCCUUUGCCAUCAUGUGUGAUUCCAGGGACACCCUCUGGAUUGGAUGUAAAAGCACAGAGGAAGAUGAUGCUUCCCAGCUGGUCCACAUGUCAAUGCCACUACCUGAGGAAAAUCUUCAAUAAAAUAGAUUUACCUUGUAU